UUUGUGGACAUUAAAGUGGAAAUUUAUUCAAAAAACAGUUAUACUUUGAUAAUUGGAUCUUUUUGUGGUAUUAUUUAAGGAAAGCAUAAAAUAAGGUAAAUAUUGUAAAUCAUAAAAUAAGGUAAAUAUUUUCCUAUGUCAAUGCAUGUGUUCACAUGUGCAACCUUCUUAAUACAUAAAAAAAAAAAAAAAAAAAAAAAAUCUGUAAUUUUCUUCUCGAUUCAGAAUUUAUUUGUAGAAACAGUCCCACACCAAAUAGGACUGCUUCAAUUCUGCAAUAAUUCGUAAAUCAGUGAAAAUGGAGAUGAUGGAUUGGUGGGAAUCCAUGCCUAAAGUCGAGCUCCAUGCCCAUCUCAAUGGUUCUGUCCGAAAUUCCACUCUACUAGAACUUGCUAAAGACUUGGGAGAAAAAGGAAUUAUUGUUUUUUCUGAAGUUGAGCAUGUUAUCCUCAAAAAUGAUAGAUCUUUGACUGAAGUGUUCAAGCUGUUUGAUUUGAUUCACAUUCUUACCACUGAUCAUGCUACUGUCACCAGAAUCACCAAAGAAGUUGUUGAAGAUUUUGCUGCUGAGAAUGUUGUCUAUUUGGAAUUGAGAACCACCCCUAAGAGGAAUGAUUCUCGAGGAAUGUCCAAACGUUCUUACAUGGAAGCUGUGAUUGAGGGUUUAAGAAAAGUUGAUGUCUUAGACAUUGAUUUUGGUUCUACUGAAGUUGGAUUGGAGGAAAAUGGGAAGUCAGGUCAAAUGAUUGAUGACUGUGUCGGCAUUUCUAGGACAAAGAUAUAUGUUAGGCUUCUCCUCAGCAUUGAUCGUCGUGAGACACUUGCAGCUGCAAUGGAAACUGUCAAGCUGGCAUUGGAAAUGAAAGAUCUUGGAGUGGUAGGUAUUGAUCUAUCCGGGAAUCCUAAAGUGGGAGAAUGGAUAACAUUUUUGCCAGCUUUGAGAUUUGCCAGAGAACAAGGUCUUCGUGUUACUCUGCAUUGUGGAGAGGUCCCUAAUCAGGAGGAAAUACAUGCAAUGCUGGACUUUCUUCCUGAGAGGAUUGGUCACGCUUGCUGCUUGGAAGAGGAUGCAUGGAGAAAAUUAAAAAUUUCCAAGAUCCCGGCUCAACGUAACCUAACCUCAUGGUCAGGGGAGUCAUUUGUGGUGUGGGCCUCUGGGCUAGGCUCUCACAUCACCCAGAAAUCCACCCUUGCAACAAUCUUUGGCUGGUUAGUUUAUUUAUGUUUCAGGUUGGUUAUGCCCAGCUGUGUAGUAUCAUCCCCUCCCAAUGUUUGAUGCUCUGUCCUUUUUACUAUUUAUCGCUAAGUAAACUGCCACCAUACUACUCCCUCUGUCAGGAAUUAGCUGUGGCAUUCUCUAGAUUAAUGAUCAGGGGAUUUGACAUGAUCUCACAAAAAUGAUCUUCAUAAUAGUUGUGUGUUUUUGUAUGUUCUCCCACCAUUUAAGUAGUGUUGUUUUAUGACUUCCAAUCUUAACCCAUUACUUGAAUAUUCCAGAUGGAGGGUGCAUAUUAGAUAAACUCUGGCUUUUCUCUGUUUCUUUAUGCCUAUUAAUGAGGUAAAUGGGCAAAACUGGAUUAUUGUUGAGCAUAAUUUUCAAUUUUGCAGGUUGAAAUAUGUUUGACAUCUAACAUCCGAACUAAUACAAUUUCCUCCAUCGAUGUUCAUCAUUUUGGUUCGGUUCCUUUCUAGUUAAAUCUUAUGGAACUAGUCUACUAUUUCAGUGAACAUAAGCUCUUUGAGAACAUGAUGCAUUUGUUUGUUUGACAGCUGAUUUAUACAAUACAAAUCAUCCACUUAUUCUAUGCACUGAUGACACUGGGGUGUUCUCUACUAGUUUAUCUAAAGAAUACGCCAUUGCUGCUACUGCUUUUG